CAUGCGUACACCAUGGUUGGAACAUGGCAAGGUCGAUAACGCAAGACUACGAGAGUUGGGCGAGGUCCCGCGACCACGAGUUUUCAAAACACACGUGGCUGCGCACCAGCUACCUGAGCAAAUGCGAGAGAAGCACUCAAAGAUGAUACACGUGUUAAGAAAUCCUAAGGAUGUCGCCGUCUCCUACUACCAUUUCUACCGUAUGGAUGCAAGCCUUGGCCGCUUUCCAGGCACGUGGUCUCAGUUCUACGAGAUGUUUAUGGCGGGAAAUGUAGCCCACGGAUCAUGGUUUGAUCAUGUGCUUCAGUUUUGGCGGGAAUUUAAAGAUAACAAAGACGUUCUGUUUCUCCACUACGAAGAUAUGGUUAAAGAUCAUGCUGGGGCAGUUCGAAAGGUUGCCAACUUUCUUGGGAAAUCUUUAAAUGAGAAUGUAGUCGAGGAAAUAGUCAGACGUACUUCUUUCGGAAGUAUGAAACAAAAUCCAGCCACCAAUUUUUCAAAAUUUGAGGUUUUUGACUACUCAGUUUCCCACUUUUAUCGCAAAGGGAAAGUGGGCGACUGGAAAAAUUACUUCCCCGUCCAACAAAAUGACGAAUUUGAUGAAGUCUACCGAGCGAAAAUGGCAGACAGCGGUUUAAGCGUUGACUUUGGCGAGUAACAAGAAGUUGUGAAAUUUGAUAUGGAAUAAGAACUCUCAUAAAGAAAAUGAGAGUACACGUAAAUUCACGGACCUCCUUAACAUACAUAUAUAUUGAUCCUUUAAUUGCAUAUGUUUGGCCAACUUCUGUUUGUGUUUGACCAAAUGCUUUACUGGUACAUGUACUAUCAGCAAGCGAGAGUAACACUUAAUGUAGGGCCAAGUUUGAUUUCUGUCUAUAAUUGUAUUUUUUACUGACUCAAAUUAGGACUACAUGUUAUUCAAAAAUAUACAUACCGAUCUUUGUCAAUAGCAAUGUGAAUAUGUGAAUGUGGUAAUAUAUAUCACAUUUACCCAAAUAAGCA